AUGCGUCUGCAAACAGCGGCGGACGAGAUCCGUUGCAAGACCUUCCCCAUGUUCCUGAAGGGUAGGGCCCGGCUCUGGUUCCAGGGUCUGGUACCGGGGUCUAUCCGAAGUUUUUCUGAACUGGCAAGGCAGUUCGUCGCCCAGUUCAUCUUUUCAAAGACUUAUUCGAAGAACGCGGCUCACCUGAUGGCAAUCAGGCAGAAGCCGGACGAAUCCCUGAGAAACUUCAUGACCCGCUUCAACACGGAGAGCUUGCAGAUCAUGGACAAGGAUGAGAAGGUUGUGAUGGCCGCCUUCAUGAACGGGUUCAGGACGGAGGAGCUCUUUUACAAGCUGGCCGAGAAGCCUCCCGGAGACCUGGAGGAGCUCUUGAUCAGGGCGCACGCAACUGCUAACGCAGAGGAGGCCGCACGCCUGAAGCGGGAGUCAGAUCGGGAGUUUGGAGAUCGGAGAGGACGGGAAAACCUCCCCGAAAGCAAGGACGGUCCGGCCAAGAAGAACGUUUUCGACCGGCUCUCAAAGGAGAAAGCUCCAGCUCAACUGUCGCUUCCGGAGAAGGGGUACACCCCCUGA